CGUCAACAUAGUACGGGACCUGUUGGGGGCGCGCUGCCAUAACCGCACUAUGUAGUAUGUUAGUAUGCGGUUUCUGGAGAGAUAGCCGUGGUUUCAGGUAGUAAUCCGGCCCGUGACGAAAGAAUCACUCAAACAAGGCCACAGGUGUUGGGACGAGUUCGAGUCUGGAGUUUCCUCCAUCAUUGAUUCCUCUCUAAAUGUUCAGCUUGCGGUUGAACUGAUGCUCAACUGUAUGUCGGUGAUGAGUAGAUACACCAAGUGCCAAUCAAAACAAGUUCAAAAAGGAGCGAGCGCUCGACCCUGAUUGGUGGAUUGCUGUGAUUGACCAAGUUUUGAUCCACUAUCACUAUCCGCUAUCUAUCUCUUUAAAGUAAAAUAAAACACCUUGGAAAAAUUUUUAUUCUUUCUGGUAGCACAUGAUCCACUGUCUGGUAUCAGUCUGAGGCACUUGUAUUUGGGGACCCCCCCUGGUCUAAUUGAUGCCCAACAUUGAAUAUGUAACAUGGAGGUAGCACAGCCAGCCAUGGCACAGGAUGGUGUUAUUUUGCAAUUCAGUUUCGCCACCUUCGGUGACUCCAUGCUCCAGAAGAUGGACGUGCUUCGAAAGGACAGACGUUUCUGCGACGUCAUCGUGCACAUCAACGACAUCGAGAUUCCUGGUCACAAAGUUGUGUUCGCGGCCGGCUCUCCUUUCCUCCGAGACCAGUUUUUCCUUCAGGACUCUCAUGAAGUCGAGAUAUCGACGCUGCAGGACGCAGAAGUCGGACGGAGACUUCUUUUAUCUUGUUAUACAGGGACACUCGAGUUCCCAGAGUUGGAACUUGUCCACUAUCUGACUGUAGCCAGUUUUUUACAGAUGGGCCACAUUGUGGAGCAAUGCACCCAAGCCCUGAAUAAGUUCAUCAAGCCUCAGAAAGUUGAGGAUUCCCAUCAUUCUCAUCAGACGUCAACUAGUAACACACAGCAACAAGAGCCACCACAUAUUCAAACAGUGUUUGAUGACGACGAAGAGGUGGAAAACGUGAUCGAAGACGAUAAUGACGACGAUGUAAUCAUCGAACCAAGAUCGCCUACUAUGUUUCAGAGGAAAUGUCAGGGAGAGGAGAGCCCUAUCAAUAUCAUUAAAGUGGAAUCAGUGGAUGAUCGAAUGCAGAUGUCUCAAAAUUUGCAAAGUGGUCCUGCUCGGUCCCCUGCACUCUGUUCCCCAGAGCCCCAGCACUCGCUCAUUAACUCGACUGUAGAGACGCGUCCUGCUGAGAUGACCCCUAAUGCCACUCUCGACUAUGCACUUUCCUCUCCUGGUCCCAGUGGUUCGGGGAAGGAGAAUGUGUGGAGCUGCUCUCGAAAUACAGACAAAUCCAUGCAGUGGUACCACCAGUGCCCGAAAUGCGCUCGCGUCUUCCGCCAGUUGGAGAACUACGCCAACCAUUUGAAGAUGCACAAGCUGUUUAUGUGCCUCCUCUGUGGCAAGACGUUCACGCAGAAAGGGAAUCUGCACCGGCACAUGCGUGUCCAUGCCGGAAUUAAGCCGUUUCAGUGCAAAAUAUGCGGCAAGACAUUCACGCAAAAGUGCUCGCUACUUGACCACUUAAACCUGCACAGCGGAGACAAACCGCACCGCUGCAACUACUGUGAAAUGGUGUUCGCUCACAAACCUGUCCUGCGCAAACAUUUGAAGCAGAUUCAUGGCAAGAACAGUUUUGACAAUGCCAAUGAAGGUAGCAUGCUCGAAGGGUUUUAAAUCUACUUUGGCUACUAAAGACUUGUGUUAACACGUUAAUGGAUUUGAAAUCCUGUAUAUAAGGCAAGACCCUGUAUGCACACUAAUUGUUAAUACGUACCCAUCAUAUGAACACCGUUAUUUGUGUUAUUGUAUAGUUGAUCAUUGUACUGUUUUCAACAGCUGCUGUUUUUUGUAAUCGUUUUAAAUGAAUGGUACACCAAGUUGGGUCCUUAACCCUUGACUGCUCAGUUUGUAUCCUUUCUCACCUCCCUAAUCAAACGUCACUUUGUUGAAACGCAUCAGCUCUUCUGUUCACGAUAGAUGCCGGCUAUCGUUAAGUGGUUUUCAUGGGAUCUCCGCAAAAUACGCAUGAAACCUCGGUAACGAUUCAUGUCGUGUCCUCCACUGUCUUUUCCAACAGUGUAAAUUCACUACAGGUGUCCCAAAAGUCUUGUUCAAGAUCUUAUAGAAGUAGUUUGCCUUAUAUACAUAUGGUGAAUGUCAAAAGACCUAGACUUGUAUGGUUUUGUGAGACACAUGCACAUUCCUUUUGUUUAUAUAAAUAAAGGUUGAUUCGGUAAUUUAA